GGGCUUGACCAAGGGGGAGCUACUAGACACAGGAGUCCGGGGAAGACCGUUGAGUGGAUUCUGACUUGAAUGACGUUGGAAGGUCUAUGCGAAGGCCCUGUGGCAAGAUGAGCCACUGCAUUACACUGAGAAGACAGAAACAGGGAACUCGGGGGCAGGAGAAGCUGGGGUCAGACCACCCGUUAGAUCCCGAUGUCUUGCAGGAUGAAAAAAAAGGCUGGUGGCAGAAACAAAAUGCGUUAGAGGGACGAGCUCAGCCAGCUGCAUGGCCUUUGUGGACCAUGAAGAUGAAUUGAACCUUCUAGUGAUCAUCGUUGAUACCAACCCAAUUUGGUGGGGAAAGCAAGCAUUAAAGGAAUCUCAGUUUACCUUAUCCAAAUGCAUAGAUGCUGUGAUGGUGCUGGGAAAUUCUCAUUUAUUCAUGAAUCGUUCCAACAAGCUUGCCGUGAUAGCGAGUCACAUCCAAGAAAGUCGGUUCUUGUAUCCUGGGAAGAAUGGCAGGCUGGGAGACUUCUUCGGAGACCCUAGCAACCCUUCUGAAUUUAACCCCUCAGGGAGUAAAGACGGGAAAUACGAGCUGUUAACAGCAGCAAAUGAAGUUAUUGCUGAAGAAAUUAAAGAUCUAAUGACCAAGGGUGACAUAAAGGGCCAGCACACAGAAACCCUGCUGGCGGGGUCCCUCGCCAAAGCGCUCUGCUACAUUCAUAGAAUGAACAAGGAGGUUAAAGAUAAUCAGGAAAUGAAGUCAAGAAUAUUGGUGAUUAAGGCAGCAGAGGACAGCGCACUGCAGUAUAUGAACUUCAUGAAUGUCAUCUUUGCAGCACAGAAACAGAAUAUUUUGAUUGAUGCCUGUGUUUUAGACUCUGACUCAGGACUCCUCCAGCAGGCUUGUGACAUCACAGGGGGACUGUACUUGAAGGUGCCUCAGAUGCCCUCCCUUCUGCAGUAUUUACUGUGGGUUUUCCUUCCUGAUCAAGAUCAGAGAUCUCAAUUAAUCCUUCCUCCCCCAAUUCAUGUUGACUACCGGGCAGCCUGCUUCUGCCAUCGCAACCUCAUUGAGAUUGGCUACGUCUGCUCUGUGUGCUUAUCAAUUUUCUGCAGUUUCAGCCCUAUCUGCACUACGUGCGAGACAGCCUUUAAGAUUUCUCUGCCUCCCAUACUGAAGGCCAAGAAAAAGAAACUGAAAGCGUCUACGUGAUAAGGGUGGUUUUCUCUCUCAGCACUAAGAGAGGUGUGAUGGUGCCAUCUUUGUUUGGAAGGCUUUGGAAAAAAUACAGGUGUGUGAGCUGAUUUGUAGAGAAGUUCCUCACAGGAGCUAUUUCUAAAAUACCAUCCUCAUCCUGUGCUUGGGGGCCCUGCUUUACUUGAGGGAGUAAUUCUAUGCAUAUGUACCUUAAAUCUUUUCUGACUGGUUUUUAUCCAGGUGGGAAGAAAGCACAAACUUGAGACUUUCUUGUAAUGGGGCAAUCUUUUGUCAAAAUCAGUCUGUCCUGACUGACUGUAGACUUUAGAACCAGUGACCCAAGUCUACGUUCUUACUGUGAAGCAGACAACAUGUGAAAUCUGGGAAAAGUGACUGUUUGUGAAUUGAUAAUAUUAAUCAAGAUAGAACAUCUUACUUGAAUUAACAGUUAACUUCAACAAUAAACAUAUAAAUAAAAAUCCUUAUUGAUUAAACUGAGAUCUGGCUUCCGCUAUUAGCAGAUACUUAUUCUUUUUUCUGCCAUCAUUACAUCAAUAAGUGUUUAGACCCUUAUCCAAAUAAUAAUAAUAGUUUGUCACUAAAGAAUCACAAAAUCUGAUUUUAAAUAAGGAGAGUGAGUGGACUAGUCUGGUUGUGAUUUUUUCUUCAAAAACAGUCCUGGGGAGAGCUUGUUUGUGAAAGCUAAUGUCUGAGUUCUAAGGGGGACUUUCCAGGAGAGAAUGGAGUUGUUAGAAUUAAGUGUCAUCCCAGAGUUUUCCUUUUUUUUUUUUUUUUUUAAAUUGAUAUAACAUUGGUUUACGGUAUCAUAUUUGAUCCGGGGGUACAGGCUCAUACACCCUCAUACAUGUCUCACGCCACACCCACCACCAGGCACCAAUCCUCCCCCACAUCCUGGCUCGGCUCCCUCUCCCCGUCCCAUAGCCUUAAUUCUCUGGACAGAUUUCUGUUGUUUAUUACUGGAUCAGUUUUGGUGGACCCUAGCAUUCUUUCUUUUUUGAUGAGAAGAAAAAAAGCAUUAUUGGACACCAAGAAGCUUUGGACUUGAUACGGCAAGCUUCUGUAAGUUCACAUGAAAAGUUGUUCACAAUUUCAACAAUAAAAAUUUUUUUCUAUGUAAUCUUGAAAUUAUUAAACGUGCUUUUAAGUUUUAGCAUAAUGGAGGGAGGUUUUCAGGAUGGUGGUUGGUUUGAUUUCGGAUAUAAUUUUUUUGUUAUUUUUAAAAGUAUCUUGAAAAAAAUUCCAUUUGUGUACAAAAUCUUGUAUAUGAAUUAAGUUUUGAAUUUUCUCUUUAUGCCAUCUCAGAAACAAUUUCAGUCAAGUAAUCUGGUGUUUGGUUAGAUAAUUAUAGGUAGAUUUUUGUCUUCUGGAUUUACAGUUUUGUUAAGUUCACAAAGGUUUUUGUUAAGUUCACUUGAAAGUUAAUCCUUGAUUUUAAAAACCUGUUUUUCUUUUAAAAAUAAUGUUUAAUAUUCACUGCCUAAUUAAGUAUAAUGGAAGUCAGUAUUUUAUGUGUAGGAAAUACAGGAUCAUAUAUCUAAAAAACAGAUAAUUUCAAACAAGCUGAUAUGGUUUCGUUACUUUUUCAUUUGAAUUGUUUCAUGUACUGAAUGAGUUCUGUUUAA